CCGGAAAGUGUAACGCUUGUGGUUGACUCUACCAUUUCAGUUCAACAUGUCUUCCUUCCAGACCGUUAUCUGUCACUAGAAGCGUCUGGAUAUUUCGCCGACUCUCUACAUUUUCAGGAAAGCAACAAGCUCACGGGUCGUUGUCAGCCUAGACACAGAAAAACAGCAUCAUCAUCCUCAUCAAUGGUGUGUCUACAUCCUAGAGCCGUCACAUUCUCCUGUGUCCGCUCAAUGAACCUGAGUCUGCUCAGCUCUCAUCGCGGCUGCACAUGUAUGGCGUUUGCGUGUCUUGGAGGGGAGUUUUGCCAAGCCCAGCACCUAAUGCGUAUUGUGGACAAGUGAACAGGAGACCGCAGUAAGCUAAACACUGCCAUUCACUCACACAGGUCCUUCUUGCCUCGUUGAACCCAUAUGAAGAAAAGCCAACCUUCAGUUUGUCACCUGUCGUGGGGAGAAGGGGUGGAGUUGAUUUUAGCCCAGGACUUUCUUGUCUGUUCUACUCCUUUCCUGCUUUUCCUUCCCUCUUCACCUCUGACUCGUACAAGUCUUCAUUGAAUGGGCUAAGAAAUUUGAAGGAUUGAAGGAUAGAUCCUUUUUCUAUCCUCAUUUUCCCCUGGAAUUUAGGUCUUUUUCAUCCAAUCGUGUUGUAAUCCCAUUUUUUUUUCUUUGCCAAUAAUAGUUAAAUUUUUUAUUUUUUUGUUAGACUAAAUUUUUUUUGCCAAAUCAAUACAAUAUUUACAUAUUUACAUUUAGUUAAGUGUAUUUUUUAUUUGCUACUUUUGAGAAGAAAUAGAAGGAGUUUUACUUUUAUUUCUUUGACAAUCUCCUUUUUUUUUUAAAGCACUGUACCUCUCUUACUUUUAAUUCUUCGUCGAAAAACCUUUUAUCUGUCUAAAAAUGAACCGACCAGCUCCAGUGGAAAUCUCUUUUGGCUCUCUGAGAUUCCUCAUCACUCACAACCCCACCAAUGCACAACUGGGAAGGUUUAUAGAGGAUCUGAAGGCAUAUGGCGUUAACACUUUGGUGAGAGUGUGUGCUGCCACGUAUGAUAAGGCACCAGUGGAACAAGAAGGCAUACAGGUUCUGGACUGGCCUUUUGAUGAUGGUUCGGCUCCACCAGACCAGGUGGUGGAGGACUGGCUGAACCUGCUGCAGACAAAGCUCAGAGAUGAGCCUGGUUCCUGUGUGGCUGUGCACUGUGUUGCUGGAUUAGGACGAGCUCCCGUGUUGGUGGCCUUGGCUCUAAUUGAGUGUGGUUUGGAAUAUGAAGAUGCAGUGCAGUUCAUAAGAAUGAAGCGGCGUGGGGCAUUGAACUCCAAGCAGCUGCUUUACCUCGAAAACUACAAACCUAAACUGUGUCUGCGCUGCAAAGAUACUGUGGGCCAGAACUGCUGUAUACAGUAGGAAUCGACAACCCCGACACAGCCUCACUGCAACUUCAUUGGAAAUUCUCAUCAUUUGAUUUUAAAUGGGAAGUUCACCUGAUUUUUCGUUUUUUGUAAUUUAUUCAAAGCACUAUUGAGAAGCAGCCCUGAAACUGUAGAGAUAUGAAGUUGUUAUUUUCCAUUCCUUGUAGCAAAGCUGCACAAAGAUUUAGUGAGUUUUUAAUUCCAGAAGGUGGCAGUAUUGCAACAUCAUGGAUGCGAUCUGCCAUUUAAUCCCAUAGAAGAAGAGAAGAAAGCGAACCGUUUGAAUUUAAACCGUCACAUUGAAAUUUAAGCUUGUGUGGCAUUAAAACCUUUAUCACAAAGGUCACUCACUAUAAUGAAUCCUUUAUGGUCACAUUAAGGUCAGACUUAAACAAGCUUUAUUUCGUCUAAGCGAUGACACUGAACCUUGUAUAAAUAGUUGUUCGUAUGUUCACAUGGGUUAGGCUUGUUGAGGCUGCUUCAUUCCUGUCUUUUCUUAUCGACCAAAUCAAUGUCCUGCAGUCAGAAUGUGGCAUAGUUGACAAAGAGUUCAGAAAAGUAAGAAAAAGAUUCAGGCUUUCAUGCAAAUAUGAAAUUUGCUGUAUUCAAUAAUGCUACAAUGUACCUCUGUACUGUGUGCUCCAAGUCUAGACCGUGUAGAAGGUUGAAUCACUCGUCUUUACUUCUUCUUCUUCCCACUGUACAAAUGUGAAGCCAAAUUAACCUGGAUACAGGAGCUGCCAUCUUGUGCUGGUCAUUGAAGUCUGUGCGUGAGUAGUGAGAGUGGAGCCAUGGUGUUGACGUCUCGCCAUUACACUCGCUCGAUCAAUCACUGGCUACUCCGUCUCAGCUGUCAAUCACAAUGUUUACCCCUGUUUUUGAAACGAAAAUAAACAACUAAUUAAAGAAGCAAACACGCCAGAAAUUCACAUCAAGAAUGACAGGAACACAGUCUCAAACUCAUGUCGUUGGCACCGGCUUUUAAAAUGUCACCAUGGCACAGGGUCAGCAUGUUAAAGGGAUAGUUCAGGUUUGUUUAAGUGAUUGUAUGUGGGCCCCAGGAAUGAGCCUGAGACAUGGAGGUGUGCUAUCACAGAAAACCUGGCUGUCAGCAGAGACACACUGGGAAAACAGAUUUAAAGGAACUAGGGACUCUCCUGGGACCAUAACUUAGAAUCAUGUGGGUUUCUGCCGCACUGGGUGGAUUUUGUUGCCCCAGAAAGACGGAGUGUAGUACUGAAAUGUCAGGAACCUUCAGGGUGGAGCUUGCAGUGCUGAACAUACCUACCAUGGUUCUCAAAUUGUGGUAUAUGUACCACCAGUGGUACGCAAGCUUCCUUUGGUGGUACUUGGAGGAAAAUCAGAAAUACUGUUCUACUGUCUAUACCAGGAUAUGUGCUCAGAGGAAUUUUGACCAGAGUAGAAAAUCAAACUAUAUAAUAAAUUCAAUAUUAAUAAUUUGAAUCACCUUAUUUCUUGCUCCAUCUUAAUCUAAUUACACUAUUCCACUGUGUGAAGGAGGAUAAGAAGAGGAUAAUGAUGAGAGAGCAAAUAUUAUCUUAUCUUAUUGGGAAUAAAUGUUUGCCUUCUGUGAAAAGUCUGUAGUUGACUUCUAAAAAGUUUCAGAACCACUGAUGCAGUAGAUUAUAUGUAGUGAGUCUUUUUUUACGUAGCUAAAAUCUGUCUUUUCUUUGUGUCCCUUUUGGCAGCCAUGUUUGUUCAGUGUGGUUGGGCGUCUGGUUGUUCUUGGCACUGACGGGACACUGUGUCAGUACCCUACACAACCUCACUUUUUUUUAAAAACCCUGAACUAUCACUUUAAAAAUCAGUCGGUAAAUGUUUUUACAAAGGGGGACGCAAAGCUUUUGGUAGAUUAUCAGUAUUUAUGAGGGAUGCACCGAAAUGGAAUGUGUUGGCCAAAACCGAAAA